GGGUGCCGCGGAGGAGGAGGAGGAGGAGGAGGAGGAAGAGCAUCGGGAGCGAUGGACAGCGCGGGGAAGGAGCGGGAGGCCGUGCAGCUCAUGGCCGAGGCCGAGAAGCGGGUGAAGGGCUCGCACUCCUUCCUCAGGGGGCUCUUCGGGGGCAACACCCGUGUGGAGGAGGCCUGUGAGAUGUACACCAGGGCUGCCAACAUGUUCAAGAUCGCCAAAAACUGGAGUGCGGCAGGAAACGCCUUCUGCCAGGCAGCCAAGCUCCACAUGCAGCUCCAGAGCAAGCACGACUCGGCCACCAGCUUCGUGGAUGCCGGGAAUGCCUACAAAAAAGCGGAUCCGCAAGAGGCCAUCAACUGCCUAAACGCGGCCAUCGACAUCUACACCGACAUGGGACGCUUCACCAUCGCCGCCAAGCACCACAUCACCAUCGCCGAGAUCUACGAGGCCGAGCUGGUCGACAUCGAGAAGGCCAUCGCUCACUACGAACAGGCCGCGGAUUAUUACAAAGGAGAGGAGUCCAACAGCUCAGCCAACAAGUGUCUGCUGAAGGUGGCAGCCUACGCAGCGCAGCUGGAGCAGUACCAGAAGGCCAUCGAGAUCUAUGAGCAGGUGGGAACAAACACGAUGGAUAACCCCCUGCUCAAGUACAGCGCCAAGGAAUAUUUCUUCAAAGCCGCCCUUUGCCACUUCAUCGUGGACGAGCUGAAUGCCAAGCUCGCGCUGGAGAAAUACGAAGAAAUGUUCCCGGCAUUCACAGAUUCCCGGGAAUGCAAGCUAUUGAAAAAACUGCUGGAAGCCCACGAGGAGCAGAACAGCGAGGCCUACACCGAGGCAGUGAAGGAGUUCGACUCCAUCUCUCGGCUGGACCAGUGGCUCACCACGAUGCUGCUGCGCAUCAAGAAAACCAUCCAGGGGGAAGGGGACGGCGACCUCAAGUGACGCCCGCGGGCUCUUCCCGCCCGGCCGAGGACUAUUCUGGGAUACCUGGCCCACUCCCCCCCCUCGCUUUUAUCCCGUCGCUUCCCACUCCCAGCGCCCCGCGUGUCCCUUUAGCUCCCGGGCCGGGCGGCUCCGGCGGCUCCGAGGCGGGAUCCGCUUCCUCCUCGGCUCUGGUGCUGCUCCACCCGGCGCCUGCACCCGCCGCUCCCGGUUUUCCUGCUGUUCUCCUGAUUCCAGCAUGUACAUCUGUGGUCCAGGCCAGCGCAGCACAAAGUAACCGCUUCCCACCCCGUUGUGUUGUUCCCAUUUUCCGGUUCUCGGUGGCCCCCUGUUGGAUACACUUGGAUUUGGGGUUCUUUAAGCGUUUUUUUUUUCCCGGUGCUAGUGAGAGGCUUUGGGAUUUGGGAACUCCCACGCACCCCCAACGCGCUGCCCUAGUGCCGGAGGCAUUCCAGGCUUGGGAACAGGAGCGCCGGGAUCGGUGUUGGCCCCCACGGAGCCCCAGGUCAGGGCUGGUUUGUAUCUCAGUGUCCAGCCUAAGGUUCUUCUUGGAUGGAUUUUCCCACUUUUAUUUUGUGGUGUGUCCCAUCCCUCCAUCCCCAGGAUAACUUCCACAUGAGUGAUAAUCUAUUUUUCUACCUUUCUCUCCGUGUGAGCCGGGAACAAUCCGUUAGUUCCGGCCCCCCCCAGAGGUGUUGGCUGAGACCUGACAUCCCACGGGAGCCUUGUUGGAAUGUGGGUGCCAGGUGAGCGCAGUCUGCUUGGAAAAAGGGGAGACACGUUGAAAAAUUCCUGCUGGAAUUUAUAGGUGUGUUUUAAACCACGUGGGGAGUGAGAGAGGAUCGAGCUGCCUCUUUUCUUUCCGUGGAUAUAUGGGAGUCUGUGCAAUUUGUCACUCGGUUUUCUGUUCCAGGAGUGAGGAAGUCAUUCAUUAAGGGCUGCUUUGGUGAGUCCAGGUAGUCCCAGCCCCACGUUUCUCUGGAAAAAGGGAGAAUUUUGGGGGGGGUUUGCACUUUGGUUGGAAUUUCGGUACUGGGGCAGAGCAGGGCUUGGCUCGCUGGGUGUCACUCUAGAAAGUGGCACUUGGUCUGUGCCCCGAGCUUCUGAAAACCAAAAAAAAACCUGAUCCAUGCCAAAUUAUUAUUGUUAUUAUUGUUAUUAUUAUUAUUGUUCCUGCCCUUCCCGCUCCCUUCCUUCCUGCAGGCUGUUGUGCAAUCCCAAGUGGAGGGGAAAGCCCAGGUUUAGGAGGUGAUCUCCCAGCUCAGUGUAGUUAAUUCACUCCCACCCUUAGCAGUGGCUUUGUUGUGUCCAGGAUUAGGGGCUGGGAGGCUCCACUUUUUCCCAGUGUUUUUUUUUUUAGGCCUUGUCCUGUUCCCUCUCCCCCUUGUCAGUAUUAAGCACAGGGGCUGUAGGACGUGGGUGGAGCAGAGGGGUCUGUUCCCACAGCCCCUACACCCGUUAGUUGUGUGUGAGUAGGCUCAGCAUGUCCUCUGGUGUAUCCAUGGUGAACUGACCGUUUUCCAGGUGACAAUCCGCCACCUACUCCGCUGUAUUUCCCCCCCUAACCCCCCCACUUCCAUCACUCUCUACUCGGAAAACUUAUUAAUGAAAUGGCCUUAGCAGGAAUAUCAUGUUUUGUGUGACUCUGUCAUGAAUAAAGUGAAAAUCAUGGAUGUAAGGA